AUGAAAAUAAUUUUAAGUCUUCUCGCCCUCUUCUUAGGGUUAUGUUAUUGCAGCACAAUUGAAACAACAACACCUUGUACUUGUUAAUAACUAUCUUAAAAUGAUUGUGUAAAAAAUAACGUUUGCUCUUGGAAUAAAACAUGUGAUGUUAGAACUAUAACUUAAUCUAAAUUGAAUACAUAUUGUAGUUACUUAGAAGAAAAGCAAUGUUAAUAAGAUGAUGCUUGUUAAUGGGUGAAUAGUUAAUGUAGUUUUUUCACAGGUUGUACUCCCUAUAAAUUAACAUCUGAUAGAGAAUGUAAAAGUUUAAACAAGAGAUGUUAUAAAUCAGAUCUGAAAAAAUGUGUUGAAUUAAAAGAAUGUAUUGAAUAUACAGAUCCUAUUGUUUGUUUUAUGGAUGUUAAUUAUAGAUAUUGUUAUUGGGAUACAAAAAUGAAUAAAUGUUCAAGAGCUUUAGAUUGCUUAUCAUAACCUUCAGCUUUAGAUACUGAUGCUGAAUGUAGAUCAUAAAUUGUUACUUGUACAACAAAACCAGGAGGUGGAUGCAUUGAUGCCUAACAAAGUUGUAAUGAUAUCAAACUUGAAAUCUAAUGUUAUUAUAAUAAAGACUAAUCUUCAAAAUGUUUUUGGGAUAGUUCUCUAAAUCCUCCUAUGUGUAAACUUAAAAUUUGUGAAAAUGCUCCUAUCACUCUCAUUACAGAUGAAUAAUGCAGAUUAUAUUUAGAAGAAUGUACUACUAAAUUAAAUGGAGGUUGUGUCUCAAGAUCAACAUGUGAUGCAGCUACUACUAAAAAUGCUUGUAUACAAGAUUUUUUUGGAAAUGAUUGUUUUUGGGUAGAUGGCUAUUGUAAAUAAAAAUUAUGUAGUAAUGCUACCAAAAAUAUUGUUUCAAAUGUAGGAUGUUAAUCUAUUAGUAAAGAUUGUAUAACUAAAUCUGGUGGUGGUUGUAUGACUAAUGGAGAAUGCUCUAUUGCAAAUGUAGAUUAUGCAUGCAAAUAAAAUCUAAGAGGGGAACAAUGCUUUUGGGAUUCUAUUACUUAAUUAUGUAAAGAUAGAACUUGUAUCAAUGCUCCACUAAGUCUUACUACAUUUGAAUAAUGUAGUAAGUUCUUAUCUACUUGUACUGUUAACUCUCUUAAAUAGGGAUGUGAAAAUAGAACAUGUGAAAAUGCACCUGUUUUUGUCACAACUCUUAAAGGAUGUUAAGAAUAUUAUAAUAGUUUAUGUAUUCCUAAAAUAGAUGGUGGAUGCAAAACUAUAAAUACUUGUGAAGAGAUUGAACUAGAAAUUGCUUGUGUUCUUGAUAACUUAAAACGUCCUUGUUUUUGGGAUGAUAAAUGUAAACUUAAAAUAUGCCCCAAUAUUCCUAAAACCAUUUAUGAUGAAGAAUCAAAAAGUCAAAAACCUAUCACACUUGAUCAUAAAAAAUGUAAUGAAUUUAUGUAAACCUGUACAAUCAAUCAAUCAGCUACAGAUUGUAUAAAUUAUACAUGUGACAAUGUUGAAGAUUAUGAUAUUUGUAUCGAGAACAAAUAAUGUUAUUAUCGUUAAACAUGCUAUAUCAAAACAUGUUUUACAGCCCCCUUAUCUUAUAUUACUCAUUCAUAGUGUUUCCAAUAUAAAAAUACUUGCACUCUAGCUCCAUCAGGAUAAGGAUGCUCUAUCAUGUUAUAAGCAUGUAAUCAAUAUACAAUAUAAUUAUAAUGUGUUUAAUCAAUAACUAGUGCAUGCGAAUGGAUUAAUAAUACUUGUGUAGUGAGAUAAUGUAGUACAGCUGACACAUCAUAUAAUACAACUUUAAAAUGUUAAUAAUAUUUGUCUGGAUGCGUUGUUAAUAACUUAUAAAAGGGAUGCAUUCCUUAAAUCACUAAAUGCGAAGAUAGUUAGACCCCAUAAAAUUGUACAUUAAAUGUAUGUUAAUGGAUAACAGAUAAAUGUGUCACAAAAUAAUGUAGUACUCAAAAAACUAAUUGCACAUCAUAUUAAACUCCGAAAAAGUGCAUCAAUAAUUAAACUAAAUCUUCUUGUAUGGAUGUUCCUAAUACUUGUACAUUAUUACCUUCAGAAUAUUGCUAACCAAAUACAUCUAUCGACCUUAUUAAUAAAUAUUGUUAUUUAAAUGAUGAUGAUGAAUGUGUAGAACUUACAUUAUAAAAUGAAUGCAGUAGUUACGAUUCACCAUUGCUAUGCAUUAAAAGGAUUAAUAACAAAGGGGAUUGUGUUUGGGUUAGUGGUACUUGUUAUAAUGAUGAUUGCACUAAACUGCCUCAGACAUUGAUUUCCUCAUAAUAGUGUUAAACCUAAAUCGCAAGAUGUAUAUUAGCUAAUACAGGUUUAGGAUGUGCAAACAAAGAUGAAUGCAUAACAUAUAAUGAUAAAAAUUGUGAUUAAUUAGAUAAAAAUGGAUAGGAAUGUGUUUAUAAAGGUAGUUAAUGUUUAAGGAAAUCUUGUUUAACGAGUUCAAAUACUAAUCAUGUUGAUUGUUAUAAAUAUAUGUCUACUGGAACAAAAUGUACAGUUAAUAUAACAAAUAAUGGAUGUAUAGAAUUGACUUCAUGUUCUAAUUACAAAAAAGAGUCAUAAUGCGUAAUCAGUAAUUAAUAAAAAACUUGUUUUUGGUCAAAUGAUACUUGUUAAGAGAAGAUAUGUUCUUUAGAUACAACCUCUAAAACUCAUGAAUAAUGUCAAUAGUUUAUGAGUUCAUGUACAGUAAAUACAAUUACUAAUGAGGGAUGUAUGGAUUAUCCUUAAUGUUCAGAUAUAAUAGAUCCAUUAAUAUGUAAUUCAAAUCCAAAUUGCGUAUUUGUUUCAAGUAGUUGUAUAGUGAAAACAUGUGAAAAUGCUAUUCUAAGUGAAUAUAAUGAUUAAAAUUGUAAUAACUUACCUUUUGAGGGUUGUUCAUUCAAUAGUAAAUUUUGUAGCACAAAAACAUGUUCUUAAUAUGAGUUUACUACAGAUGAAGAAUGUUCAUAAUAGAAUAAAUAUUGUACAACAAAUGGAAAAACUUGUACAGAAAGAUUAGAUUGUAAUAAGGCAAUUGUAGAAUAAGGAUGUUAGAAAGAUAUGUUUGGUAAUUUUUGUUAAUGGAAUUAAAUAUCAAAGACUUGUAGUCUUAGAAAUUGUUCAACAGCCCCAACAUCAUUAACAACUGAAACUUAAUGUUAAUAAUAUUAUGAUGGUUGUACUACUAAAUAAGGUGGAGGAUGUACUACUAAAUCUACUUGUUUUGCUGCAAAUGUUUAAGGAGCAUGUAAUAUAUCAAUAUAUGGAGAAGUUUGUAGUUGGGAUGAUACUAUCUAACAAUGCAGAAAUUAAUCAUGUAUUGAUUUUAAUGGAAGUGAUUAUAAAUCAUGCAAUAAAUAAAAUAGUUAAUGUACAACCAAUGGUUUAGGAAAAUGCACCGAUAUUGUGAAUUGUAAUUAAUAUAUAAAUGCAUAAUCGUGUAUAAUUGGUGUAGAUGGUCCCUGUUUAUGGGUUAAUGCACAAUGUUAUUAAUAUAGAGAUUGUACAAGUAUCAAAUAUAAAACACAUAAAGAAUGUUAAUAGGUUAGUGAUAAAUGCACAACUGAUGGUAGUAAAUGUGUUUCAAUAACAGAAUGUAGCGAAACAAAUAUUACAGGAGGUUGUUUUUAAGGAAUAGAUGGUAAAUGCAUCAUGACUAUGAAUGAGAAAAAUGUUAAAAUUUGUACUAUUUUCACAAAAUGUUCAGAUGCUAAAUUCAAAACUCAUGCUGAUUGUUUUACUGCUAAUAAUGGAUGUACAACAGAUGGAACAUAAUGUAUUGAAUUACUCGCUUGCUAAGAUUAUAAAAUGUAAGAAUAAUGUUAUUUGGAUUAUAAAGGAGUUGUUUAUGUAGACAAUAAAAUAUCAUCAACUGGUAUUUGCAAAUGGGCUGGAACUUGUAGAUUAUAAAUUUGUGAAGAUUUAGUUGGAACUACUCAUUCCAUAUGUAAUAACUAAAUGAUGACUUGUACAUCAAAUGGUACUAUUUGUUAUACUAUGGACAAAUGUGCAAAUUAUCCAUUAAAGGAUUUAUGUAACAAUGGUUUAGGUUUAGAUGGUAAAUGUAUAUAUUCAAAUGAAAAUACUAAAUGUAUACUUAUGACUUGCAGUGAUAUCACUAAUAAUGUUUGUAAUACUCUUGGUAAUUGUAUUACUGAUGGUACAAAAUGUAUUCCUAAAACUAAUUGUGCUUCUUAUACUAGCCAAAUACCUUGUGAAAUUUCAGGAAAUGAUGGAAUUUGUAUUUGGAAUACAACUACAAAAAAAUGCUUAUUAUUUUCAGCUUGCUCUAUUGCUAUUGAUUAAAAUUAAUGUAAUAAAAUGAACAAAGUUUGUUAUUGGAAUACAGAUUCUAACAAAUGUGUUGAUUUAACUUGCGAUUUCCAAUAUAAAUCUACUAAUAAUUGUAUCAACAUCUCUACUUGGAUUUCUUCAUAAAUUAAAACCUGUAGUUUUAUUAAUGGAGUUUGUUAAGAAAUCGAUCCCUCAGGUUAUGGACCUAAUGAAUGCUACUAAUUAACCUAAUUUACAUAUUCUUAUAAUCCUUCAUUAUAAAAAUGCACUAAAUGUUCUACUUCUACCUAUAAUUAGAGUAAUAACACCUAGAAUCAAACUAAUAUCACUGUAGAUAGCUAUUAAUAUUUAAUUGCUUUAGGUCUACAAAUUUUAUCAUUAUUUUUAUUAUGA